GGCAAGUCAAAUUUUUAGCGACCGAUGAGACGACGACAGCUCGAUUGUAAAAGCUGCGAAUUUUUAUGUGAUUUUGUAAAUUGUGAGGGCUAAGAAAAUAAAGAAAAAGUCGCUAGUGAUUUUAUCAAAUUGUAUACGAGUGUGAAACAAUAAGAAAUAUGCGUAAACGCAAGUUGAAGUGCUAAAAAGACGAAUGCAAAUAUAAUUGAAAUCAGGCGAGCAUUAAUUACGAUUAAAAUAUAUAUAUAAACUGAAUUGAAUCAGAAAGGAAUGGAAAAGUGAAAUAGUGUGGCCAGCGCGAAAAACGUGAACAUAUAGCAAUUGAAUAUAUAGCAAAGAACAUAAAGACAUCGCGGUGGAGAUCUUUGGGAUUUUGCGGAUUUCAUUUCAUCAUUUUCGGUAGCUGCGAAUUAUUUUCGCAGCGCGAACAUUACUUCCAUAUGUAUAUCCAAACUCCAGAAAAUUGUUGAAAAACAAUGACAUCAAAAAGAUUUGUGAAAUUUGAAUUCUAAAUUCAAAGCCCCAUACAGUAAUCUUCCUUUAUUUCAGCACCAUAAGCUGCAGGAAUAAGCUGUGUAUUAAUUAAUUGUCUAUUGUCUGCAAUACAUACAUACACACGCACACACAACAUCAGGUAGUUGAUUAACGUGAGAGAGCAACAACUAUCGCCAGCUUUCAAAGUAUUUUUAUGUUGCAGACAGAAAAGUACGAGUUAGCUGCUGAUCGUACUCUGGAACUUGUGGGUAAUAAUAUAUUCAAAAGAAAGCUUAGAGUUAAAAUUAAAAGAUUGAGAGCAUACAAUUUUGAGGAAAAUAUGACCACAGAUACCCGCCGACGUGUUAAAUUGUACGCUUUGAAUGCGGAGCGGCAAUGGGAUGAUCGCGGCACAGGACAUGUAUCUUCGAAUUAUGUCGACAGGCUUAAAGGUAUUUCAUUGCUGGUGCGUGCCGAAUCGGAUGGUUCUUUACUUUUGGAAAGUAAAAUUCAACCCGACACCGCCUACCAAAAACAACAGGACACACUGAUCGUUUGGUCAGAGGGCGACAAUUUCGAUUUGGCGUUAAGCUUUCAAGAGAAGGCUGGUUGUGAUGAAAUAUGGGAGAAAAUUUGUCAGGUUCAAGGUAAAGAUCCAUCGGUUGAGAUCACGCAAGACAUCGUUGAGGAAUCCGAAGAUGAACGUUUCGAAGAUAUGUCCGACACGGCACCGCCCAUCGAAUUGCCGCCCUGUGAACUGGCACGUCUGGAGGAGAUCUCCGAAACCAUACAGAAUUGUUUGACCACACCGUUGCGAAAAGAGAAACUUUCCAUGGCUUUGGAAUCUGAAAAUUAUAUCAAAAAAUUAUUGAAUCUAUUCCAUGUAUGCGAAGAUCUCGACAAUACCGAAGGUUUACAUCAUCUCUUCGAGAUCUUCAAGAACAUAUUCCUAUUGAACAAGAAUGCAUUGUUCGAGAUUAUGUUCGCUGAAGAUACUAUUUUCGAUGUGGUUGGCUGCCUAGAGUAUGAUCCCAGUUCCACUCAACCAAAGAAGCAUCGUCAGUAUUUAAAACAAUGGGCCAAGUUCCGCGAAGCAGUGCCGAUUAAAAAUCAAGAUCUGCUCGCUAAAAUCCACCAAACGUUCCGUGUACAAUACAUACAAGACAUCAUAUUGCCAACACCAUCGGUAUUUGUCGAAGAUAACAUGUUAAACACGCUAUCCAGUUUUAUAUUCUUCAAUAAAGUGGAAAUUGUCACACUUAUACAAGAAGAUGAGCGCUUCCUGGUGGAUAUGUUUACCAUUUUAACAGAUCCAAGUACCAGCGAUGCCAAGCGUCGCGAUAUUGUGCUAUUCUUAAAGGAAUUUUGCAAUUAUGCACAGAACUUGCAACCACAGGGCAAAGACUCUUUCUACAAGACACUCACCUGUUUGGGUAUACUGCAAGCUUUGGAGAUAACACUGGUGAUGAACGAUCAAAAGACAAAGUCGGCUUCAAUCGAUAUACUCACAGCGAUUGUGGAGUUUUCACCGUUGGUGGUGCGCAACUACACACUACAGCAGCUCAAUCGCACAGAAGGUGAUCGUAUGCUAUUGAAUAUUGCCAUUGAACAAAUGUUGAGCGAUUCCGAGCCCGAACUCGGUGUCGCAGUGCAAUUAAUGGGCAUCAUAAAAAUUUUAUUGGAACCCGAAAGUAUGCUAACGGAGAAGGCAGAUUUUUUGAAUUUCUUCUACAAGCACAGCAUACAAACGCUGAUUGCUCCACUACUUAUUAACACAAUCGGCGAUCGUCCAGAUAGUGAAGACUACCAAACCGCACAAUUGCUUGGCAUUGUCCUGGAUAUAUUGUCAUUUUGUGUGGAACAUCAUACUUAUCAUAUUAAAAAUUUUAUCAUACAAAAAGAUCUCCUAAAGAGAAUACUUGUGCUUAUGAAAAGCACACAUACGUUCCUCGUACUUGGCGCACUUAGACUUUUAAGGAAAAUUAUUGCACUUAAAGACGAGUUUUAUAAUAGGCAUAUAGUUAAAGGUAACUUAUUUGCACCAGUUGUUGACGCAUUCAUUAGAAAUAAUGGCAGAUAUAAUUUACUCGAAUCGGCUAUACUGGAAUUGUUUGAGUUUGUAAAACUUGAGGAUAUCAAAACACUUUGCGUCUACUUCGUGGAGAAUUUCAGUAAAAUAUUUGAUGAAAUCGAAUAUGUACAAACAUUUAAAUAUCUCAAAAACCGCUACGAUCAGUAUCAAGACCGAAUAAAGGAUCGCGACAAGAUGUCGCUGGAUACUAGCUUACCGAUUAUACGUAGUCGCUUCCGCCGCGAUCCGCGACAGAUGGACGACGAAGAAGAGAUGUGGUUCAAUGAGGAAGAAGAUUUCGCCGAUGAAUAUGAUACUUACAAUAGCGUGAUGAAAUCCGUCACCGAAAAGAAUGGCCCUUCACAAUCUCCGUCACAACAAUCAUCGAUACAACAAAAAUCGCCACCACAAGGCGCAUUGCUAGGCAGCAGUAGCAGCGUGAAUAGUUUGAGCUCCACAACGACCACGGCAACGACACUAACACCGGCUGUAGGCGUGAGCGGUGUUGGCGGUGUAUCAUCCAUCAGCGGUGUGAGUCUCAGCGAUGUGGUUUCAAACGCGUCCAACAGUAGUAGCCUUGACCAUUCACAGUCUGCCGCUGCUGCCACACAGGCGCAUUUAGGUGCAGCUGCUGUGGCCGCCAACAUUGCGCUCCACCAUCAACAGCAAACGGCAUUGCAUAAUUUCCAACAACAACAGCAGCUAAAUUUAAAUAGCACCCUAGUGGCAGCAGCUGCAGCCGCCGCGGCUGGUGUGGCCAGUACAUCGGCAGCUAGUGCCGCACAUUUAGAGGCGCAAAAUCAGCAUCAACAUCAACAUCCCGAACAUACACACGAGGAUCCCGAUAUUGUUGAAUUGCGUCAGCAUUUGGUUUCCAUUGUACCACAGCAUCAAGAAUUGGCAUUAGCCGCUGCCGCAACGUCAUCGUCAACUGCCGUCACAGGGUCCGCAUCAUCAGCGGUCGCCGCGCUGCAAUCGCAGUCAUUAUCAUCCACAUCGAUAGCGACACCAUCCACUUCGAGCGCGUUGUCUGAGUCGGCGGUCGCCGCCGCAGCAGCAGCCUCACAACUGCUAACAUCAAUUGCAUCGAGCGAUGCCGUCGCCGCGGUGGCAGCGGCUGCAGCCGCAGCUGUCGCAGCCACAGUGACUGGCGUGACGCCCAAUAUGGGUAGCGGCGGUGGUGUAGUGACUGCGGCGAACUUGGCAGCGGCUGCAAAUGCUGCGGACACGCUGGCGCUCAAUGUUGGCAAGCACAACGAUAGUGUCGAUAAUAUGGGUAACGGUAAUGGCAAAGAUGGCGCUAUUUCGUCCGUCGUGACUGGGAAGAAGGGUCUCGUCGACUAUGAGAGCGAUUCAGGCGAUGAGGAUGACUACGAGGAGGAGGAAGAGGAGGAGUCGCCGCAUCAGAAGAAGCCACGCAUGGCAUAGCAAAAUUACGCUACAAAUGCAGCGGCUGCAGCGGCGGCGGCAGCAGCAGCAGCGGCAGCGGCAGCUGCAGAAUCAAUUAUUAAAACAUUCGCAACAAUGUCUUCAACACAUUACAACAGCAACUGCAACAAUUUGUAAAGCAAUAGCCAUAUAAAUGCAACGCUUGCAGUAGUAACCAGUGCCGUACGCAAGAGUACAUGCCAACAGCUGCAACAACAACAACAACAACAACAACAAUUACAACAAUAGGUGUAACAGAAAUACAAUAAACAUAGAGCAAACAAUUAGCGAUAAUAAAACAAAAACAACAACACAACAACCAGUUUUGGUCAAUGUGACAGAACAAGAACAACAAUAACAACAAGUGCAUCUAGCAUAGCCAGCAAACUAAAUAAGAAGAAGAAUGCGAACACAAGAGCCUCUGAAGGUCUUGAUUGUCUUGUUUAUACUGACACUGCAGAUGGAUGGGACGGCAGACAAAAUUGAUAUAAAAUUAAAAAAAUUAAAGAAACGUACAUACAUAAUUAUACAUAGAUACAUAAAUACAUACUACAUACAAGUAUAUAACGCGUAAUCUACUAGAGAAUAAAUAAAAUAAAAUAAAAUGAAAUUAAAUUCGCAAAAUACUAAUUAAAUAAAUUUUGUCGAAGUAUAAAUACAUGCAUACAUAAUAUAAUUAAUAUAUAUAUGAAUGGAAGAGCUGAGUUGAGAGUAUGUUGAAAGUCAAACAAAACGUAAAAGCAAAAAAAAAAAAUUAAAUAUUUUGAGAAAAAUUAAAAAAAAUACAACAACAAACACAUCAAAAAUUACAAAUUGCUAGCAAGCAAGUGAAGGAUGAUGCCAGCUGAACACAUACUUCAUACAUUUACUUUACGAAUUAACAAAAUGUAAUAGUUGUCAUCGUCGUUGUUGUCGUCGCAAUGUUAAAUUUAAUUUAAUGGGGACCGCUAAAUUAAUUUAAAGGAUAAUAAUAAAUACACUUAAAAUAAUGGUAACAAUUUCUACUAUAUUAAAAAACAAACAUCUGCAAUGCGUUAUCAAAAAUGCUGUUGUUACGAUGCAACGCCUGCAAUGCCACUACUACUGAGGCCAGGUGGUUCUGCUGGUGUCUUGUUGGCAGUGCAAAACUAUUUUCUUGCAGCUGCUCACCUAACAACAGUCAUUUGUGAUAGCUCAUUGCAAAAAAUGCAAAUAAAAUGUUGAAAUUGAAGGCGAAAAAGGAAAUGAGUUGUAAAUUACAGAGGAAUUUGCUAAAUUAUGCCAGCCAGCGAAGUGUCAAACUACUUUUACUUUAAAGUAGAAACCUUGCUAGUAGUCCGACUGCGUUUAGACUUAAAGUUGUCGGUAAUAUUUCCUGUAUUAAAUUGUUUUUUAUAUAAUUGACCUUCUCUUUUUAUUUUCAAUUUAAAUUAUUUGUUAUUUUUUCAUGCUCAAAGCUUUUACGCAACGAAUAAGUGUUUUUCGGCUAUUUAUAGUUUACAGCGCUCGUUCCUGCUAAUUAUAGGAAGUUUACUGGCUUACUAAGAAGCAGCAAUUUUAUUAAAUUAUUCAUGUCAAGCAAUCGAUAGUAGUUUAACAACACCUUCGUACAACAACAAACCUACCGAACAUUCACACCCACACCAAUACACGCAACCAGCUGCACAAGUCCAAUCACCUAUUCACAUUGAACCAAGUUUUAGAGAAAUUAUAUAUGAUAAUUAAAUAUUGAAAAAUACGCUUAGCAUUAUUAAAACUAAUAAAAAAAAAACAGGAGUAAUAUACUAUUUUUAACAGAAAAAAAAAUUGGAAAGCAACGAUUUUGUAAUAUAUUAUAUAAAAAUGUUUGCAUAUGUAAAGAAAAAAAUUAAAAUAUAUAUUUACGCGCUUGCAUAUCAAAUUUUAUACCACAUCUUGCAUACACAAUACAUAUAUGCGCCCAAAAUUAUUUUAUUAUUAUUUUUUUUAAUUUCCAAAAAUUGUUUGAAUACACAAAAACCAUGGAAUAUGCACUCAUGGCUUUAAUGCCAGUGAUUGUGUAUAUUUUCAUUUGUUUUUGUCAAUUUCUGUAUAAAUUUUAAUUUUUUUAACUUAAAUAAGUUUGGAAAUUGCAUAACUUUCAGUUUUAUGUUUGGUAAAAAAUUAUUCAAAAAAUUGUUUUAAACCACUUCUUGGUGAAUGAAUGCGUGAAAAUAACGGUUUUUAUAACAACUAUUCGCUGUUCCAUUAAUUUUAAUUGUUUCCGAAUUAAAGAAAAAACUUGCUGCAUUGUGAAUAUGUGCCCACUACACGCUGGUUGUGCAACAUUAAAUGAAUUUUUAUAAUUCAUGCUUGGUAAUGAUUAUUUAAGAGGGGAAGUAGAGGUGUUUUUACUUAAAUAUGUACUAAUAUAACAAAUAUAAAUUAUUUAUUUGCUUAAUGCGGUGAAUUGUUAAUUCAUUUUUUUAAUUAUUUUAUUAAUUAAUUAAAUUUUAUUUUGUAAACUCUAUUUUGUUUUAAAUUUAUUUAUUUUUUUUUAUUUAAAUUAAAAAAAUUAUUUAAUUUUUAAUUAAUGUUUUUUUAACUAAUUUUUUUUUUGUGAACUUUAUUAUUUAUUUAAAUUUUAUUUUAUCAAACACAAAUCUUUUUCUACAAGAAAAUUUCAACUCAUUUCUUUUACGCCUUUCUACUACAAUUUUUAAGAAGAGUCUCUUCUUCUAAUAAAGCCUUGUUUCAGACAUUUCCAAACGAAUUCAUAUACUAACUUUAUGAAUAAAAAAUAAGUAAAAUAUACUUUGCACUUUCAAAAACACUCAAAAACUUAAUUCAAAGAUUUGAAAAACUAAAAAGAAAAAUAUCGAAUUGUAUGUAUGUUUUCAUUAGUUUUUAUUGUAAUAUAAACAAAUGCAUAUACUUUAGUAUACAUAUUUUAUUACGUUUAGAUCCAUACAUAUGCAUAAAUAUAUAUUAUGUAUUAUAUUAGUUAAGUAAAAGAAAAGAACAAAAUAAUAAAUGAUAUGUAAAAUAUAUCAUUAAUAAACGUAUAUAUUCAUAUACAGACACAAAACAUAUAUGUACACAUACACACAGAAAACAAUGAUAAUAACGUAAACCCGGCUCCAUAGGCAUUAACACAAACCGAUCUAUACAUACAUAUGCAUAUAUAGUUUACAUACAUUAUACGAGUAAGGCUAUUAUGUAGAUUGUAGCAUAACGAAAAAUUAUUUCACAAGCGAGUACACUUAGAAUUGCUUACUUCAUAUAAUAUAUAUGAGUACAUACCUAUUAUUUCCUUCAA